AUGUACCAAGACAGACAAAACUUACCAUCACAUCUAAAAGGUAUAUAUGUUCAUAAGUUCCUAGUUAGUUCAAUAGCAAUGUGGGCUUCGCCUCGCUAUGCUUGGUAUAUUUACAGACUUCUUGACGAAGUUGCUGAAAAAUACAUGUAA